AUGGCGGCGGGAAGAGGGGAGUUUUUUCGGAGUUUCUUAGUGGGUUUGGAGAGGCAGCCCGCCCAGCUGGCUCCAGGGAGACGACCGGCGGUUCGGGGCAGAGGAAAGCCAGGUCCCGGAGGAGGACAGGCGGAUUCGGAUAGAGGGAAGACGGCCGGCAAAAGGAGGAAGAGACGGCCGAACACAGAGGCACCGAGCCCGGUCAGCGGGAGUGCUCACAGCUGCCCAGGACCGAGAACAGAGACAAAGAAAACAGUCAAAACUCCUCCGUUAAAGGAAAACUUGGUGGAAAGGCUACCGUCUGAGAUUCUGAUUAAGAUCCUGUCCUACCUGGAUGUCUCUUCGCUGUUCUGCAUCAGCCAUGUCAGCAAACUCUUCCACCAGCUUGCCGAUGAUGAUGUCAUGUGGCAUAAGAUUUACAUGUCAGAGUUUGGGAGUCAGACGUGGAAGCCGAGGGCGGCGGAUGACGGUGCGAUGAAGGAGGGCCCGGUGGAGGUGGAGAUGGGGGAUCGGUCGGUGGGCCACUGGAAGAAGAUGUACUUCAGGACCGCGGCUGGACAAGAGAUGAACAAGUGGAGGAAAGAGCUGAGAGACAUCAGCCCAUACACCGGCUUACCCAGGCAGACAGAGUGGGUCCUCAGGAACCUGAACGUGAGCUGGGAGCUGACGGUGUGCGACUGCUUAGGACAGGAGAGCACGCUGGAGCAGAGCCGAGCAUACUUCUUCGAGUCCUCAGUGAUCGUCCGCUGGAGCGGAGGCAACUUCCCCAGCUAUCACCACAUCAGCAGCAUCCAGCUGCACGGAGUCAGGAAGGAGACGCUGAAGAGCCCCACAGUCAGGAAGCCUGAAUGGCGCUCUCUGAUUUUAAAGCUGGACAUGAAGACUCAGUGCAGUCGCUUCAUUGGCAAAGACAGACUCAUCAAACUGCUGAGUCUGUCGCCAGGUGUCAUCAUCGGCGUCUGGAGGGGUCAGAGCAUUGUUGCCUUCAUCAUGGUGAGCCUGCACUUCCACAAGCUGGUGGAGAAGAGUCUGCUGGGAUCUCCAGUCUGCCCGUACUCUGAACCCGUUGACCGUCCACCUGUGUAUAACUUGGACCCCGAGUUUGGUCUCCACGACUACACCCUGCACUUUGUCCUGCACAACACCGGCACUGAGAUCAUGUCGGGACACUUCCGCCAGAUCUCCUGUCGCGCAGUUCAGAUCCAGCGUGGCCUGGUGGAGUUGAAGGUCAUCGACAGAACCAACCUGUCGCAGCACAGGUCGCUGUCGGGAAAUGUGAAGCUGCCCUGGAAGAGCGAGGCGCUGGAGGGCUCAGUGGAGAACUGCUGCAUCAUGACGGUGACUCUACUGGAUGAGUUCCAGAAACCCUUCUGGUGCGUCAGUUCGCCCAUUUGCAUCACGAUGGUGAAGACGUCACUGUCCUUCGACUACAGCGGUGAGCACUUUCUGAUGACGUACCAGAACUCGGACGGUCAGGUGAAGAUGAAGCUGGUCUGGUUGAAGGAGCAGAAGCAGUUCUUCCUCAUCAGCCUCACCGUCUACGUUUCUAUUUUCAAAGUCAACAAGCAUUUCAGCACAAACUACUGA